GUUAAACAAAAUUUAUGAUAAAGAUGCAAAGCAACGAAUGUGGAACAAUUUGUCGAAACUGUUGGCAAGGCAUGGACUUAACAUUGUUGAUCCAAUUAAUAAGUGGAAGCGUUUCAAGGCGAAUUUCACAACUCACAAUAGAAAUCGAAAUAUUGGCUGGGUAUACUUUACUGAUCUGUGCUUUUUGCAACCCUUCAUCAAACAAAGAAUAAGAAAACCAAAAUUGUGUCAUGGACAGUUAAUGUUUAACGAACAAUCUACGUCAAGUAACGAUUCAAUUAUGUACCUUGAAGGUUGUUAUUAAAAUUAUUAUUUUAAAAUUGUACUUUAAAUUUAAAACAUUUUUAAUAUUUGUUAAUUUCCUUCUUUUAUUUAAAGAUGGAGUGAUUAUGAAUAAUUAUGACAAUAUGUCUCAAUUGACACAUCAACCAGUUUUCAACGAGGAACCAAGCACGUCCAACGAUGAGUCAAUGCUGUACUUAAAUGAACAUGAUUAUGCGGUUCAAAUAAUUCGAGACGUGAAACCACCGCCUGAUUUGAAGCCAAUCGAUCCGCCACCACUCCUUAAUUGUCAUCUUGAAACUAACAACAUUCCAGAUGAAGAAUUCUCGGUUAAUAAUUUGGAAUCAUCAAAAAAUUCCGUUCCAAGAAUUAAUGACAUCAAACCACCGACUGAUUUAAAGCCUAUCGGUCGGCUACCACUGCUUAAUCAUCAUUUUGAAACUAUCAACAUUCCAGAUGAAGACUUCUUGGUUGAUAAUUUGGAAUCAUCAGAAAAUGCGGUUCCAAGAAUUCUUGGCGUCAAACCACCGACUGAUUUAAAGCCAAUCGAUCGGUUACCACUGCUUAAUCAUCAUUUUGAAACUAUCAACAUUCCAGAUGAAGACUUCUUGGUUGAUAAUUUGGAAUCAUCAGAAAAUGCGGUUCCAAGAAUUCUUGGCGUCAAACCAGUCGGUAAUUUGACGUCACGCGAAGUUAUGCGUUCGCUACCAGUGCGAAGUAGUAGUGCAACACCUGCAAGACCUCAACCGAUAAAACCAGUCAUAUAUUAA